CACACACGCACUCUACCGUGAGUUUGGUUUAGAUACUACGUGAAUUUUAUCUGAAGAAAAGUGGUGCUAUCAGCAGGCCCAGACAACGGCUGAGGAGUGGAUAUACGCCCCGAAAUGGAUCACAAAGGCACUGUGUGGACUUUUGGCUGACCUACAUCAUCACCAGGAUCGGACCGUUUCGAACAACAGAUCGGUUACUGCAAGAUGAGUUUGGGACUUCAAGAACUGGUGAGCAUCUUGACAUACUGGCCAACUGAAAAUCUUUCCUCCUGGGGAAAGAACAAUUGAACUCUUCUAGAGAAGAGGCCGGCGAAAGACAUUGGAUCGAUGAAUGUGCAAGCAAAGUUAACAAGCUGAUGAAACCGUCUUGAGAGAUGAUGAAUCGCUACACCACCCUGAGGCAGCUGGGCGAUGGCACCUAUGGCAGCGUGCUGAUGGGGAGAAGCAACGAGUCUGGAGAACUGGUGGCUAUCAAGAGGAUGAAGAGGAAGUUUUAUUCAUGGGAAGAAUGCAUGAACCUAAGAGAGGUGAAGUCACUGAAGAAGCUAAACCAUGCCAAUGUGGUGAAACUGAAGGAGGUAAUCAGAGAGAACGACCACCUCUACUUUGUCUUUGAGUAUAUGAAGGAGAACCUCUACCAGCUUAUGAAGGACAGAGAGAAUAAGAUGUUCUCAGAGAAUGAAAUUAGGAACAUCAUGUUCCAAGUGAUAUCUGGGUUGGCUUUUGUGCAUAAGCAUGGUUUCUUUCAUCGAGACAUGAAGCCAGAGAAUCUGCUGUGCAUGGGCCCAGAACUGGUGAAAAUAGCAGAUUUUGGACUGGCCAGAGAGAUCCGCUCCAAACCUCCCUACACAGACUAUGUAUCAACCAGAUGGUACCGAGCUCCAGAGGUCCUGCUCAGGUCGUCUACCUACAGCUCUCCGAUUGACCUGUGGGCUGUGGGCUGCAUCAUGGCUGAACUCUAUACUCUCAGACCUCUUUUCCCUGGGAACAGUGAAGUGGAUGAGAUCUUUAAAAUAUGCCAAGUUCUAGGCACCGUCAAAAAGACGGAUUGGGUAGAGGGCUACCAACUAGCUUCUGCUAUGAACUUUCGCUUCCCCCAAUGUGUGCCGACACACCUGAAGACCCUCAUCCCUAAUGCCAGCAAUGAGGCCAUUGCCCUAAUGAGGGACCUACUGCAGUGGGACCCCAAAAAAAGACCCACUGCUGUACAGUCCCUGCGUUACCCGUAUUUCCAGGUAGGCCAGAUCUUAGGGCCUCGUCCUCAGAGCCAGGAGGUCAAGAAGGUCCAGGUCAGGCAGCCAGCCCAGAAGCAGCUCUCAGAGUUCAAGGCUGAUCCCCAGCAGUCUUCCUCUGAGUCCAAAGCCUCCACAUCCUCCUCCAAAAACCAACAGCAGCAACAUCAACAGCCCCUUCAGCAGAUCCCUCUUCCCCAAACUGAGAGUAAACCAGGAGGCCUCUGCCAUGCAAAAGCAGCAUCACUGGGCAAUGAAAACAGCGUUGGUGGUGGUGGGAUGGGGGUGCUGAAGAGUGGCCGUCGUCGAUGGGGCCAGACGGUGGCCAAGACCUCAGACAGCUGGGAGGAAUCUGACCCCUCAGAAACUGCCGCCUCCAACUCCAAGAAACCCAGCCUGGGGAACGCAGAGGAGGAGAGGAGCCCUAAGGAGCACCGCCCACAGCCUAAGGAGCAGAAACCUCUAUAUUCCUUUAGCACAGUCACUAAGCUACCCAACAAUGUUAAGAUUGGCCAAACGGACUCCAAUCUCCCAGGAUCUGCUGCACGACAGCACUAUCUGAGCCAGUCCCGAUACUUGCCAGGGUUGAUCAACAAGAAUCAGACCUCUGGAGAUAAGGAGUUGAGUGGUAUGACACUGCGGGACCUGUGGGAGAACUCCUCAAACACUGUAAAUAAACCGCUUGCUCCUAUUGGAGGAGGAUUAUCUGUCACCAGAGCCAACGCAGAAGAGAAUGCCUCAAAAUCUGAGGAUAGCCCACCAGAGAAAUCUGUUGUGAAAGAGAGAAUACUGGAGAAAAUUGAUGUCUCCAAAGGGAACUUUGUAAGCACCAAAUACAACCUAUCUGGUGGUUAUAUCCCUUCAUUCCAAAAGAAAGAGGUGGGCUCAGUCGGACAGAGAAUUCAGCUUGCCCCUUUAGCCGGCCAGCACACAAUCAAUCUUUCUUCUUCUCCUGAUAAUAAAAAAGAAAAAUCGAAAUCUGCAAAGACCAAGCCCGUUUCCAACUCAUCUUUGAGUGAAACUAAUGAAGAUUAUGACGGCUGGAAGAGGAGAGCAGACAGGACUCAGAUGAAGGGGAGCAGCUACUCAGCUCUGGGGAAAACUUCUGGGAAUCUCCUGACCAGAGCUCCCGCCGUACAGCCUGUCCACGGCAGGGUGGACUGGACAUCCAAAUAUGGGGGAACUCGGUAGUUCAGAAACACGUUUGUUGCUUCGACCGUUUGUUGGACUGUGGUGCAUAGUGGUACACAUCUUUGUCGAAGGAUCAAAUUCUACAUGUUCCUGAAAUAAAUUAGAACUUAAAAAAAAAAAAAUCCAAUAUGUAGGUAGCUGGUAGAGCACAAAAAUGUUCAUGCUCUGAAACAUUUUUCAUGCCAAAAUGGCAUACUUUGGUUUCCAGAGAGCCUGAGACGUAGGAUCUUACUGCAUGGAGUCUCCCUUUGUUUUGGAGAUGAUGGUUGCCAUGAUGCUGAACCGAGACUAAUACUGUCUGCAAGACAAUCCCACUGUAAUCCUGAAGGAUCCAGUGUGAGCCAAUUCUCCUUAGUUAGUUUUGGAGUAUUCUGAGUAGGAUUUAACUGUAGCAUAGCUUUUCAUUUUUAUACUUUAUUAUUAUUAUUGUCAAGUAUUGUUUUACUACUGAUGACAUAAACUCCUGCAAUGCUAUAUUCCCCCUGCUUUUAUUCUCAUAAGAAACUCUUCAGUGUAAUGGCUACAAAAUUAUUACUUCAACCUAUUCAGUAAAGCAACUGCACAUCUCUUUGUAUUAUGCAAUGAAUCAACUGAACAUUUUGUAACCCUUUUGUACAAAUAAAUAAAUGAAAAUUCAUGAUGCAGUCAUUA